CAAGGUAUACAUCUUGGACUACUAGGUCUAGUCUCAGUACUGGUUAACUACUCAAUUCACACAAGAUUGAUGGAUAAACCGGCACCCGUGACGAUGUUCAUUCAGACCGAUACAACCAGAUUCCGGGAGCUUGUUCAACGGUUAACCGGACAAUCCCCAGGCAAUGAAGGGGAAGCACCGAAGGUCACAGGAUUCAAGAGGUCAAUGUCCAAACUCCAUGAAAGAAGGAAAUACAUGAUCUCAAAGCUCAAGGUAGCUAAACCCGGUUUGCAAAUCAAACCAGGUUCAACCAUUCUCCAACAUUCAAUAGCUGGGUUUCAUUCCCCUUGUGAGUCCAUUAAAUUCAGCUUCAUUGCAAGCCCUUUGAGCACCCCAUCAAAGGCUUUCUCAAACCUUUCCAUCAAAGGAGAAGAAGAAGAAGAAGAAGAAGGGAAGUGGGUAUUGCCUGAGAUUGACAGAGAAGAAGAAGAGAAAGCUAUCAAAGAAAGAAGGUUUUACUUGCAUUCUUCACCCAGGUGCAGACCGGGAAAUUCUGAACCAGAAUUACUUCACUUGUUUCCACUCAUCUCUCCCAAAAAUGUCUCGUGAAUUUUAAAAUUAUAGUUGGGAAAGUCCAGAGAGAUUUUAUGGCGGCGUUUGGUUAUUAUUGUUGUUCUUCUUCUUCUUCACUUUUAGUGUAGUCAGUGUGUUCUUUAGGUAUAGUUUUGAUGAAUGUAUUUCAGAAUUUUGAAAUCCUUAAAUAUAAUUUACAGAAUAAAGUUUUCCUA